UGUUAUACAUGGGGGAAUAUGAGAGCGGCGGAGGAACCGAAAGCGACAGCAGAAUCCCUGGCGAUAAGUAUAACGAGAAAUAGUGGUCGUAAAAUGGGGAAAUCCAAUGCCAAAUAACUCAGAACAGGCUGUCGUAAAAGGAAAAUAGUAUUUUGGUGUUCUGUUUUUUUUAUAUCUAUAAAUUUGGCGUGGACUGGGGUAAGGCACCUCCCUGCCCGCUUUGCGCCGGGGUGUGUGCGUGUUUUUCGGUUAGGCUUCAUCGCAUCACCGCGCUGCAGUGUGUUAUUGGAGCCGAACUGAGGUGCCACGCCGCCGGUUACAGCUGCUCUGCGCCGUCCGCCGAUACUAUGUCAAAAACAGAGAGAGACAAAGUAACACUGCGAAUCAAUCCUCCUGAGCUAUGCAAUGAAAAAAAUGUCAACUUUGCUCUCUAACAGCUGUGAUUUGUAGCCAUAAAGAAGUGCAAGUGUGCCGAACAAUAUAGGGGAGCGAUUUUUGUGCCUGUUAUUAAAAAGCCUUGAAGAGCAGCGCAAUAGGCAGCCCGCAUGGAACGAGCAGGAAGCAUCCAACUUGAUAUUCCGGACUUCAGCAACUCCGUCCUGUCGCAUCUGAACCAGUUGCGAAUACAGGGCCGUCUAUGUGACAUCGUGGUCAAUGUUCAGGGCCACAGUUUUCGUGCCCACAAGGUGGUCCUUGCCGCCAGCUCCCCCUACUUUAGGGACCACAUGUCACUGAGCGAGAUGAGCACCGUCUCCAUAUCAGUGAUCCGCAACCCAACUGUGUUCGAGCAGCUCCUUUCAUUUUGCUACACGGGACGCUUGUGCUUGCAGCUCGCCGAUAUCAUCAGUUACCUGACGGCUGCCAGCUUCCUUCAGAUGCAGCACAUUAUUGACCGUUGCACCCAGAUUUUAGAGGGAAUCCACUUUAAAAUCAGUUUGUCAGAUGUGGAAGAGGAGCUUGGGAAUGGGGCCCACAGGACCGCCAACCCAACCAUUGAAUCAGGAAGAGGUGGGACCGUGUUAGGUGGGUCCCGCUCCCUAAGUCCCAGACAUACCAGUUCCCGAUUGAUUGGCAACACUGGAGUGAUCAGCAUCCGUGAUGUGAGGGAAGUCAGAGAGAUCAGUCCCCCUGGGGAGUCCAUGAGCCCCCAGAUAGUGGAGCACAGUGGCAUUGGCUCGGAGGAGGUGGGAACUGGGAAAGAGCCCAUUCUCCGUAUUAACCGAGCCGGGCAGUGGUAUGUCGAGACUGGGACUGAGGUGGAGAGAGGUGGAGAGGAGAACGUGCAGAUGGUGGAUGGGUUUCGGAUUAAGACAGAAAGGAUGGAUGAGUGGAUGGGGGCGGAGACCCAGGCAUCAGCGGAGGAGGGCAGUGGGGCCGAGGAGGGGCCGACAGUGAUGAUUGACACCUCAGGACGUAGCACACUGGUGCAGGAAGGAAGAAGAGGUGGGAAAAGCUCCCAGCCGUCCAGUAGCUUCAGUGAAACAGAGAGGUUUAGUCCAACAGGAAGUGUGGUUGUGAUGGGUGAUCGCAAGAGAGCCAAGAGUGAGUCUCCAGGAAGAGUUGACGAUCAGCGACACCCCACCUCACAGGGAGAGGAACAAGCCGUGUUUGACAUGGGGGGAUACGAGGAGUACCUUCGAGAACAGGUUGGUGACCGGUGGUUCCGCUACAACCCCCGUCUCACCUGCAUUUACUGCUGCAAGUCCUUCAACCAGAAGGGCAGCCUAGAUCGCCACAUGCGCCUGCACAUGGGCAUUACCCCCUUCGUUUGCCGAAUCUGUGGGAAGAAGUACACCCGCAAGGACCAACUCGAGUACCACAUCCGUAAACAUACAGGUAACAAGCCCUUCCAUUGCCACGUCUGUGGGAAGAGCUUCCCGUUCCAGGCAAUCCUCAACCAGCACUUCCGCAAGAACCAUCCAGGCUGCGCCCCACAGGAGGUGUCCCACAGUGCCUCACCCGAGACCACCACGGUCACCUCCCGUGGAGGCCAAAAUGAAGAAGAGUCACCCUCCCAGGAGGAUGCAGAGGGCAAUGGUGGAGGGGGAGGUGCUGGCUCAUCCUUCGGAGAAGGGGUCCAACCUUCGGUAUCUACCACUGGGCCCGACUGAAAGGCUUUGUAGGAAAACGUUACAAGUUUAGGGAGACACAGGACAGAGGGGUCCAACAGGACCUUCUCUUUAGAGUUCCCUCUGUCCUUUGUCUCCCGCCAUCCACACUGAUAUUGCAAGUUGGAAGGAGUUGAGUGAGCAGGAGUUUCUCUCAGCUGCUGUCAAUGAGGAACGGAUAAAAUAAGGGAGAGUCUUCUGCGUCCUACUCGGACAGAGAACCUCUAUUUUUUCCAGUGAGAACAAAGAUGCAAGGAACAAUUUGUUUGGAAUAGUAUUCUCUAGGGAUUUAUAAAUGGUAUUUCCGCUUUAAACCGCAUCUACCUUCACCAUACAAACUGAACAGGACAUCAAUAUAUGAAGACAAGCCACACUCCAACAACCUCACACACCACUGGAUGCAGUGAUUUUUGUUUGCUUUUUUUCUUUUUAGUCUUUCCUGUCUUUUAUAUGUUACAUUUUUUUGUAUUUUUGUACUACUACAGAUCUUUCAGGAUAAACUAAAAGAGAAGAUCUAGCUAUGAUUUGGUCAGAUUGCAUCGAAAUUGCCAAACUUCUCUGUGCCAGAAGAUGAGUUAUAAAAUGAGAGGACAUCGUUGUCCUUCGCUACUUUGCCUUGAGACAAUCUUGAUAAAUUAACCUGGGGCUAGACUCUGCACUCCCCAGCCAUGGCAAGCUUAGGAAAACGGGUUCAGUUUUUUUAUUAGGGACCCUCAGGUCUGACCUAACAUCAGAUUCUUGAUUUAUUUUUUGUUUUGUGUUAAGUGCUGAUCCGGCCUGCCAUAGAACCGAAACACAUUGCUCACAGUUAGCCUCAACGCAAGUUCUAGGACUUGGGGUUUGUAACGAGAAACAUUCACAUCAUAUUAUUUUACUUUAAUGUUGGUGGAAAUACUGUGAUAUAGCCACACUGCUGAAAAGACAAAGGAAGAGUAUAGCAGUGACAUAUGUAUUUUUCACAUUUAAUUACCAUUAAAGGGAUAGUUCACCCCAAAAUGAAAAUUAGAUGUUUAUCUGCUUACCCCCAAGAUGUAGGUGACUUUGUUUCUUCAGUAGAAUACAAAUUCAGAUUUUUAGCUUUAAUUGAUAAAAAACAAAAAACAUCCACAGACAAAUCCAUAUUAAAGUCUACGGCUCGUGACGAUACAUUGAUGUGUAAAGACACAAAACGAUUGGUGUCUGAACUGUAAGAACUCUUGUGAACCCGCUUCACAGCAGCAGGCACGUGAGGCAUUCUUCUUCUUCUUGCUUUAUGGCGGAUCGCAGAUUUAUAAGUGCAUUACCACCACCUAUCUCUCAAGUGGACCAUUGACUAAUUGAGAUUGUAGAUAGAUGCUUCCAGGCAGCCCGUAACCCAAGUUUUUCCAACCUUUCUCUCGUGAAAGUGCACUGGAACAGCAGUCAAACCCGUGACUUCCCAACCGUGAACAUCUACUAGACUGAUUUACUCCCAGUUCCGAGCUCUGAUGUCACAUAGCCCACGAAACAACAAUGGCAGCCCCCAUGGAUAAUAUUUUCUACGGAUGCAGUGUUUAUGCAAGUGGUACACAUUUAAAUUAUUUUAGGACAAUAUAACAUUGCAAUAAAAUUAAUAAUCUAGUUACAGUUCCUUGCACUCAGGAAGUUCGGUGUGACUUGCCUGGAACGCUACAAAAUGCUGUUCAGUUUCUUGCACAAACUGAUCAUUUUGUGUCUUUACACAUCAAUGUAUUGUCGUGAGCCGCAGGGUUUAAUAUGGAUAUGUCUGUGCAUGUUUUAUUUACUCCCAUAGAUUCUGUUACCAUUUGCCAUGCAUUGUACGACUAAGAGACUGUGAUGACUAAAGCUAAAAAUCAUAAUUUUUGUUUUACUGAAAAAACAAAGUCACCUACAUUUUGGAUGCCAUGGGGGGUAAGCAGAUAAAAAUCUAAUUUUCAUUUUUGGGAGAACGAUCCCUUUAAGGCCUUCUUACAUCUCCGAACUCAACAACUCAGCUGCUGAAUGUUGGCGAUACAGUGAUAUAAAAUACAGGAAAUCCUUCAACCUCAAAUAAGCUACAAUAGACCGCUCAAUUACCUCUCUCUCACAUCACUACGCAAUACCGAUCUGUCGCACGCAGAUGCGUGGAUGCACUCAGCCGAAUUUUAUGUUCAGUGUUUAUUUCUCUUCAUACGUUUUAAGUCGCUCAUUGAGAUUCGCAAGUCUCACCAAAUUGUUUUAUGGCGAUAUUUUGUUUGUAAGAAUGUGUUUGAGCAGGGGGAAAGGUGUCCCUCAAGAGGACAUAACCUUCUUCCUUUUUUGUGUAAGGCAGUGACGAACCAAAACACGGACUUGGUCGUCGAUGCUGUUUAGGAAAACAGAAACCGUAUGUCUGUGAUGACUGGGAAAUGCCGAAAUGCCACGGAAUGAUUUUGAGUGUAAAAUUUCCCUUCAUCUGAUGGAAGGCACUUUAACCUUGGGGUCAAGUGCCUUUACACUUGGCUUAUGAACAGAUGUUUCCAGCUGGUGCUAUGACAUGAAUUUACUGAAGCUUUCAGUAACCUAAGGAACUGAAAUUAAUUGUGGAAGAUCUUAAACCUUUAAGAUUUCGAAGGGCGAAGAGGAAAAUAAGAGAUUACAUCAGGCACUUAAAGAAAGGGUGGGGGUGUUUUUGUUUUGUUUUGAGAAUAUUUCUAUAUCUAUAUACAUGUCACUUAUGCAUAUUUAGACAAAUUUAUACUUGUAAUAACUAUUCAGAGACAGUUUCUAGAACGAUCAACAAAAAGCAAAGGCGUUUUAAGCAAAAGUAAAGCUGUUAUCAUUUUUAAAAGGCUGUGAAUCACACUCGGUUGUGACUGUUUUUUUUUUUAGGGUUGAAGCAUAUAAAAAUCAGCUACUGAUAUUUCCAAUAGGGAUUUUGUGCACCUCACUUCAUAUAAACGCAGGUUAGAACUUACUUUCCCCAUCUGAACACAGGUCAGCAGGUAAACACUUCUUAUAAAUAUCAGGAAUUCACUAUUUACUUUUUGUGUUUACCUUUUUUGGUUUGUACCAAGCGGAUUUUCUUACUUGGAAUUCUGGAUCUGGGUAACUUGGGUCGACAUAUUUUGCAAGCGCAGCAAAAAAAAAGAAAAAAAAAAUACUUAUGAACAUUUCCUCUUAAUGUAAAUACCCAUGCCUCAGAAGCAGUCGCAGUGAAAUACAAUCCUGAAACUGUAUAAUGUCACGUUUGUUGUACAGCGCAGAACCCAGGUAAUAUAAGAGCAUGUUGAUAUUGCUUUUAUUUGUCAAAAUGCAACCUCAUGAUGAUAGAGAAGGGCAAAUGAUUUUGUCUGUAAACAACAUAAUCAUAAUCUAAUAUGUUAUAAUAUAUCAAGAAAAGAUGUUUGUUUUAUGGACUUUGCCUUUAAGUUGAAAUUUAGAUUUGGGGCAUGGGUCUGUUUUGUGUAUGCCAAUCAUAUAAGGGUGAUAGUGACUUAAAUUAUCUCUAUGUGAAUGAAUUAAUUGCAAUUUAAUAACAAGGGAUCUAUAUCUGUAAUCAGUCAUUCCAGUUAUUGUACUACACAUUUUAGCAGUCUAAAUUGAAUCAUAUUAAUUUGGGUUUUAGGGCUAAUGAUAACUUUCAGCAUGUUUUCCCUUUGUGCAUAUCUAUCGUUGACCUUCAAAACAUUGAUGGUUGACCAAGCUGCCUGUUCUCUUAUUUUAAACAAUAUUAUUCUUUAAAAUAUUAUGUUUGGCUUUUGUAUUUGUUUCUAAGCUUUAAGUAACAUGGCGGAGGAUAAAUGUGUUGCUACAGUGUAUAUAUUAGGCUGUAAUAUUUAAUGUUUGUAUGACAAUACAUCUACUGCAGUUUAAUGGUUUUGACCGAACAAGUCAUUUCUAACCAAAUUGUGUCUAAUCUUAACAGUGUUACGGAAUGUGUAGUUUCAAAUAGAACGGAACUACUUUUGAAGCAAUAUUUCACCCCAUUUCCAAUUCCGAAAUUGAUUUCAGAUAAAGUGGUGCAGAAUUAUAACACCAUAAUGAACAAAACAACCUCUAAAAAGUUGGAAAACUGAUACCCAAUUGAUUUUCACAAAAAUAAUUUGUAUUCUGGACUUGUAAAACAGUUACCCAUAUUGGCAAAUGUGAUAAAAUUUGUUUCAGAAAUUACAUUUACCUCAUGUUUUUUUUUUUGUGAUAAGUGAUACAGUGCAUGUCUCUACUUAGUAGUUUUUUGGGGGGGAAGACCGAAUGACAACACUGAGCCAUAUCUUCAGAGUUUGUUCAGUCUUGUCACUCUGGAGCAAAUAUUUUGUACCAACGACACAUUUCAGAAUAGGACACUUCAAUGCAAAUAACCGACGUAUAUAUUUCAACACUUAGUCUGUCUGAAUAAGCAAGCAAACAUGAUGCUUUGUCAAAAAAAAAAGGUGUUUUCUUACCUCAAAAGAGUUUGUACAAGGAAACAAGACAUUGUUGUUCUACUGACCCUCAGUAGAAAUUGUUUAUUUGCAUGUUGUCUUUGACUUUUAUCACGGUCAAACAUAAAGACAUUUCCAGGCAUCUAAAUUUGCACCAAGAGAAGCCAAAAUAUCGACCUUUACGAUUUGUCUCGCUAUAUUGUUUUAUCUUUCAAAAAGCAAUAUAGUCUGUAAAGUUAUUUCCGUGUGUCUGAUGAGAUGUUAAUCAUUUUAAUUUAUCGUACUUUAGAAAUAUUUUAUUUGACAUAACCAUGAAAUAAAACGAAAUAUAAUAGCUAUUUUAUUGUUAAAAAAAGUUCCAAAUUCCAAAACAUAAGAAUUAUCUUAGAAAUCAUUUACUCUAAUUUUAAUAGCAAACCAGUUUAUUUAUUGAAAAAGUAAAUGUUAUAAGAAAAUUUAGAAAUUAUAUUCGUAGGUGAUUAAGUAGAAUAACUUCUUUGAAAUUAAUCAGUUUAUAUUUACUUAAUAUUUGAGACUUUUCACAUUUAAAAAUGGUACAGGAAUCAGAAAGAUUAAGCAUUAAUAAUGUGAAUGCCAUUUUCACAAUAACCACUUGUUUUUUUCAUCACUGGCAGUGUGUCAAGUCCAUUCUUCUAAAUAGAAACAAAGCACUUUAAGUGUAACUGUGAAGAAUUUUUAAUUAUGUUCUUUAAAUGUAUAAUUAUGUAAGCCCAGAUUGUGUGAUACUGCUAAACCCAAAUUUCUAAUAUGAAAAAAAUAAACCUGUUUUAUCCUU